CGCGACCGAAUCCCGCCAACUCCGAUUCAGGAGCGCGAGGCAGGCAUCUGUGUAAACUAGAGAUCACUUCGGAUGCGGAAAUAAAACUAGUUGUGUUUUAUGCGAAGUAAAGUGUAGCUACAUAUCGUUCAGCAGAGACUAAAUAACGGUCUGGAUUUGGGAGACGUGUUUCAUGUGUUUAAGGUGAGGUCGGCCGGUGUUUUAAAACGUUUUUCUGUCGAACAACAAACUGGUGAAGGAGAAAAGUCCAGUAUCACCAGUCAGGAUGUUGGCAGCCGACAGCUCAUCGGUGGACGGACAUCUGCCAUCGUCCACUCCUCAGGGAAGAGGAAUGGAUUGUAAGUCAAGUAAUGUCAACAAGAAACUUAUCCAAGCUCGUCUCCCUUUCAAGCGUCUGAACAUUGAACCAAAAGAAAACCAGCCUCCUAAGCGCCCGUGUGCCCAUACCUGCCCUGAGCCUGAAGCCCCCAGCAGGCAGACGGACAACGAUGAGUCGUCUCCUCUGUCUGAACGCAGCAGACCACCUUUGGUUAACGGCCGUGGCCCGCUGGACUGCUUCCUGAGCCGCAAACGCCCAGCUCCUUCAGAUGAGAACGUGGUUAUYGACCUGACUGACGACAAGAGCUCGUCCCCCAUAAAGUGCCUGGUCUCUCCUCCUGUCUCCCCCUGUUUCCCAUCGAACGACAAGCUUCACCACAAGGACAGAACGAGCCAUUCUGGGAAACACGUUAGUGGUGAUAAUGCUGCUAAAACACUCUCUGUGGACUGUGUCGUCGUAGCUAACGAAGUGCAGAAGAUAAAAAAUAAAGAUUGUACGAGAUACAACUCGGAGCUCGCAAAAACGCAGGAUCCUGAUGGCGAGUCGGAUAAGCAGAAAGAGUUUGGAAAUGUUUCCAUUUUGGAAAACGGUUCAACACAAUCACCUUCAUCAGUCAGCUCCAUGUCUCUAAGCUCACCAGAAAGGACCAAGACUGAUGACUUCACACCUGCCACUACACCUGUAGGACUGUGCAAUAGUGGAAGGGCCGAGUGUAGACGACAUCCCAGACCGACAACGCUACGGACCAAUGAAGCUACUGCAGUUCCAUGAGAACUACCGUCCGGCGUACUGGGGCACAUGGAGUAAAAAAAGUUCACAAAUCUCACCUCGGUGCCCUUUCAGACAAGACAUGGAUAUAUUUGAUUAUGAGGUUGACAGUGAUGAAGAAUGGGAGGAAGAGGAACCAGGAGAGUCUUUGUCUCAUAGUGAAGGGGAGGAUGAAGAAGAAGGAGGUGAUGAUGAAGAUGAUGAUGAUGAUGGCUUUUUUGUUCCUCAUGGCUACCUCUCAGAUGAUGAAGGGGUCCUGGAGGAAGAGGAGAGUGGGGACCUGGAGAAACAAAAACUGCGACAGACACUUAAAGCCAGGGAGUGGGACGAGCUGAUGUCCAGUAAGAAGAAGAUGAAGGUUCUGGAACCAGUGGUGAGAGGCUGUGUUUGGGAAGAGGAAGGAUGUGGGUUGGAAAGCCUCCAGCUUUAUGCUGUGUGUCUGGUUGAGCCACUGCCCACAGCAGAGUCCAGUCCCAGUCCAGAGGAGCUGCUGCAGAAAGAUCAGAAGGAAGAGCAGUAGUACAGAUAAAACGUCUCAUUAGGAAGAACGCCGUUUAUGAGAAGCGCUCGUCCUUCAGGCGCUGCUGCUGGUACGUGCAUGCAGAGGUCCUGUCACGUUUUGGUCAAGAGGCUCUCCCAGUUCCAUGCCAGUGGACCCACCUCACGAUAACUCAAGAAGAGACGCGUGAAGACCACCAGGCAGCCACAGGUUCUCAAGGAAACUCCCCCACAACACCUCAAACUUCUACAGCUCACUCAUCGUCCAACAAGAGGAAGAGCAUCAACAACAUGUCAAUCACCAAGUUUAUGAAGAGAUGCCCCGAUUCUGAUCAGACUGAAGCAGUGGAAGCUGAUGGUUUUCAGGCUGACACUGAAGACUGUGAGGACGACUGUGUCAUCAUCUCUACUCAAACUGGCUCUAAAUAAAGAAGACCUCCGACCCAGCUGCUGUCUGUAAGCAGAUCAGCUUCGUGUCCACGACCUGAGGACACGAGGCUGCACCAACACUCUGCUUUUGUUUGUUCUUUAACUUACACUUACUGGAGCCAAACCCAGCAAAUCAAUUCCUCAAGGAAGAAGCAACAAAACCCUUAAUUUUUUUUCCCUUUCAAAGCACAUGUUGAUAAUUUGUGAUUAAAACAAAAAAUUGUGUAAUUAAAACAGCUCAUCUAAUUAUUGGGCCCAGAUAAAGAAAUUUAUUUUUACAA